AUGCAAGGAAUAUUAUUGGAUUUGCAAUAUUCCAAUCCGAAUUUCAUGACAAAACUUCGAGUAGAGUCACUUUCUAAAGAUCGAGAUCCCAUCAUGCACCGUAAUUCUGCAUACAUGAUUUGCCGUUCUCUGAUUAGUCCUGGCUACAAUGAUUUAGCAAUCCGAGCAGCCAACUUAAUUUACAGUUCGCUUCGUUUCUUCGAAUCGCUCCGUCAUAACAAGCUGAAUGUCGAUCUUGGUGGUAAUCCCAGACCUUUGUUUGUCAGCCCGCAAAUUUUUGACCGCUUUAUUAAUUUUCUACCUUCAUUGUAUGCCGCCUAUGGUGCCUAUCUAUUUAGGGUGUUUCCUUUAGAUAUGAGCUCCUAUCAUCGCCUAUUUCAAUCAGCUUUCAUUCCCAGUUUCAGUAUGGAUAGAUUGAAUAAAUUCAGCGAUUCACGUCAUAUCGUUGUAAUCAACCAGGGUGUUUUCUAUUUCUUCGAUGUUUUCGAUCAUCAGGGCCGAAUGAUCUCCUGCGAACAGCUCGUAUCUAACCUGGUGUUUAUCAAAUCACUUCCCAGGAGUCAUAUUCACAAACCUAGUUUAGGAUUAAUUACAACUAUGAAUCGAGAUGAUGCUACAAUGGCAAGAAAUCGGUUGAAUCGCCUUGAUGGCUAUACAGAGGGUCUUAAUUCACGAAACAUCAAACUUCUCGAUUCCGCCAUUUUAACUCUUGUGAUGUCCGAUUGUGCCUCAAACGACAUCGCUCUACAAGUCUCCUCAGCUCUCACAGGUUCUGGAGGAGGUUCACGAUGGUUUGACAAGACUUUCAGUCUUGUUGUAAAUCAGAAUGGAGACUCCGCACUCAACGUGGUUGAUGGACUUAUUCCUUCUUCAGCUAUUCUUCGCUUCGCUAACACCAUUUACAAUGACGCAGAAACCCGACCUAUAGCCGAUCCUUGGAUUCUCGAAUCGCCUCAGAGGUUUGUAAUUUCUCAAUAA